CGCGUCGUGUUUGUGUACUCUUUGCUUUUAUUAUUUUAAAUUUAUUUAUUAUUAUUAUUAUUUAUAUUGGUUUUUUCACACACACACACACACACACACACACGCGCGCGCGCUACACUCAUCACGCGCGCGCGCACACGCCAGUACGCCACACUCUUCUUCACUCCCGAACGUGUUCUUCUUCUUUUUUUUUUCCUUCAUUCUUGAUUCUUUCACUGAUUAUAAUUAAAUCUGUUUGUCAGUCGUACGCUUUUUUUUUUCUUUUUUUUCCGUCCGAUUAUAAUAUUUAUUUAUACAUUUUUUUUUUUACACACACAUUCACAUACACAUUAUUAUACACGCGCAAAUCAUUUCGUCGUGUACGCCCGCCGCCGUAUUAGCCAUAAUAUAGGACAUAUUUAAGAACAUUAGGCAUACCUAUAAUAUUGUCGAUAUAUUGUUUUCGAUUAUCGUUUCGCGUUGCAUUGUGCACGCCGAAGCAAAACGUUUAGCUCCUUUGCAGUAGCACGAACGGCGACCGACAAACAUAGUUAUUAGUUGCACUAUAAUAUUUGAACUACUACUUCGUGUCCGAAAGACGACACACGCUCUACAACCAGCUUCUUCUACUAUCACUAUUAUCGCUAUCGGUUUUCGCCGUCGCUUCAGGAUUUUAAUUGGUGAACUGCUGCAACCUGUGACGAGAUGAUCGACACCAACGCCGAUCGUUUUGUAUGAACACUUCCGGAGUCCGAUCGUGUACUACAGCUAACCAAAGCGACUUAAGAGACAAGAUCGUUAAGACCCUUUCCACGCUAAACAUAAUAUUAUAAAAGUUUCCUUUGUAUUUUCUCAUCCUUCUUUCCUGCAUUACUGCCAACUAAUAUGUCACAAAUGAAACGAGGCCGCAAGGUAACAUACACCAGCAUUGAAGAGAGAUAUCAACACUUGGAACUGUCCACUCUGCAUCAACAGACAUUUAAAUAUAACAACCACAACGUGGCGGAUAAACGUGUUGGAUCAACCAUGGUGCCAAACCGAAUAUUUGUCGGUGGUUUAUCCAAUGGCACUUCAGAACAAGAUUUGCGAAAUUUCUUUUCAAUAUAUGGCGAGGUUAAAGUUGUGAAAAUUGUCAAAGAUAAAGCUGGGGCUCUUAAAGGAUUUGGUUUUAUUACUUUUAGUUCUGAAGAAGAAGUUAAAAAAAUAAUUGAUGCUGGUCCCGUUUUGAUAUUUAAAGACAAACGUAUCAACAUAGCUCCUGCUUAUGAGAAAGAUAACAAAAGUAAUUAUGAUUCCAACAACUCUCCUCAACAGCCAUCACACUUAAUGUCAUAUAGUAGUCAAGUUCAACAAUAUUCAGUUCCUCCAUUACCAACUCCAGCUCAACCAAUGUUAGCACCAGUUAUGUACACUUAUCAAAAUGGAAUGGCUUUUUUUAAUAUGCCAAUCAAUGGAAAUACUUCAGUAACUCCUCAACCCCCAGGUCCACAAAACUCAUCUUCAACAGAAUCCCUUCCUAAUGUAUAUGCAGCUCCUUACGGAACACAAAGUGCUACUAGUAUGCAAGGCUAUAGUGGCCAACCUAUAUUCUAUCCAAAUCCAGUACCUCAAGUACUGGUACAACAAGCUUACCCUAAUUUACCAGUAAGCUCGGUUUGCAACAAUACUCAAGGAUCAAAGGUUCUUUUUUCUGUACCUUGUGAUACACCAUAUUAUUCGGGAACUCAAAUGUCAAGUAUGAUACCUACUCCUGAUAUGGCUUAUCCAAUGCCAAUCAUGUCACCAUAUAUGCCUUAUAUGGUCGCAACUUCUGAUGGUGGUUACCCGUAUUAUGAUCCAGUUAUGGAAAAUAUUCAGGUUGUUCAUCAACCAGUAUUUACUGAACAGUGCACAAAUCCUAGGCCACCAUCAUCAGAUACUUCGGUAGGACAAGCGCAAGUAAUUACCACUAAUCAGUUUGUAUCACUGAUGUCAGUAGUUAGAAAUGAUGAGGAAAAACCUCAGACCUAUACACCUGAACCUCAGCAGUUAUGCCUAAAUCCGGUCAUAAGUUUAACAGAGCCUCCACCACAAACUGUCUCUCAACCAAUUGUUUCUAAGCCGCCCACCUCAUCGUCUACACCAGAUCCUGAAAAAUCUGACCAAUCUCCUAAUCAAUUACUUAUGACUCAAAUCCAGUAUAAUAUUAGACACCCCCCACCUUCUAUAAAUAUACGCCCAGAACAAAAGGACUGUGUAAAGCAACGUGGUGACACUCAUCAAUAUCAGAGCAACAACAAUAAUUUAUCUAUUAAGAAUAAUAAUGAUUACAUGAAAAAUGGACCUAAAAAGUAUCUGGAGGCUCGCACAUUUUAUAAAACUGGGCCAACUACUAUAUCUCAUCCCAGGCAUACUAAUACUACUGGUCCUAUGGUCAAUUCAUCUUUUACUAGCCCAUUUUUUGUUCCUAAUACAAAUUUCCGUCACCGAUUUCCUAAAAUGCACUAUCCUGCUGUUCCUCAGGUGAUGUUAAAUCCAAAUUAUCCUUAUCACAAUCAGGGAAAUGUACGUCCUUCUAAUGGCCAUCAGAUGUUCAACAACAGAGGAGCCAGGUAUGGUGGCAACAACUACCAAAACAACAAGAAAAACUAUAAUUCUUACAAGGGAAACAGAAUCAAUCGAUAUACGUCUGACCAAGGUGAUAAUCCUGAAGUUUCAAGCAGUGAAGAUAGUCGUACAGACCAGCUAACCAGUGUUGAUAUGGGCCCCCCUCAGGUAGAAGGCAUGUGUUCGGACAUGAGGUCAAUGGCCAUUUAAAAAUAAAAACAAAGAAUUGCCGCUUUCUUAUAUGAUCAAAGGUUAAUAGCUCCAACAAGACUGGCCAGCACCUAAAAUUUUUGAUUUUUUUAUAGUAUUAUUUAACUUAAUUCCCCUCCUCAAAAUCCAGAAAAUGGCAACUAUCUUGGUCUAUAAAAAAAAUAUAUUUAUAUUUAUACUUGCAAAAUAUUUCGCCCUCUGUGUUCAAAAUUGUUAUUUAUUGAUAAUUCAUAAACACUAAUUAGUAGGUAGUUAUGCAAAUUGUGGCGACCCUUUAUGACAAAAAAAGGCUGUUUAACUGUGAUAAAAAAUUAUUUAAAAAGAAUAAAUAUCCAUUGUUCAGGCACCUUAAGUACUUAUCCAAAAGUCUUAAUGAUUUUUGCUCAAUAGUGCUCGAAAGAAUUUAGGUCUUAUAUAUCAUAUGUAUAUAUAUAUAUUAUAUAUAUUUUAUCAUUGUUAACAUAUACUAUUAAUGCCGAGAAUAUUAUAGAUAAAUAAUAAUAAAUUUAAUAUGGACUUAAAAGUACAUUGACAUUUUUAAAUGUAAAAUAAUACCCUACAAUAGAAAAUAAUACAUUUAAUUAAAUUAAUGUAUAAUAAUAUGUAGUCUAACAUAAUAUUAAUUUAUUCACUAUUUACAAAAAUAAAGGGCAGCAAAAAUACUAAUUAUGAUGGGUAAUAUGUAUCUUUAUCAGUACUGUAAACAUGAAAAGCAAUAAAAAAGUACAGAGUAAUAGUAACUCUAUAUAAGUGAUUUUUAUUUCGUCAGUGUUGAAUUUUAUCAAUUGUGCAAUAUUUAUUUAAUGUGUUAUUUAUAUAUAUAUAUAUAUUAACUUUAAAUUAUUCAAUAACUUUUUGUCUACUAAAUAUUUUUAAAUUAAAAUUUAAUUUUGAAAUAUUUAGACUUACAGUGAUAAUGUUUGACACUUUACCAAAAAUAUAAUGCAGUUAAAUAUAAUCUUGAUUUCUAUUUUAUGUUACUAAAAUGUAUAUUGGAUGUAUAGUAUAAAAACGAAAUAUUUUUUACUUUAGAGUUACUAAUUACUUGUUUUAAUGUUUUAGAAGUCUGCAUUGUUUAGUCUAAUAACCUACUGUUAUUGAUGCAGUUUAAAUCAGUCUUAAUCAAAUAGUAUAUGAAAAUACCUAUUUAUUUCAGUUUAAAUAUUUUUUUAUUAUUUUUCUAAAUAAAUUUGAUUUAAUUUCUAAAAUAUUAGUUAAUAGCAAAUAAUCCAUGAAUUACCCAAAUAAAAUCAUAAAAUUGUAUGUUAUUUUAAUUUUAAAUUUCAAUAUGAUUAAGUACUGCUGUAAAUAUAAUACUAUAUAAUAUAUUCUAAGAUGACAAUGACGAAAUGCAACACAAACGACUGAAAGUUAUUUUGUUUUAACGUUAUGUAAACAACAGUAGUUUUAUUGUGUGCCUAUGAGAUACUGUUACUGCCAAGUAAAAAUUUAUUAACAAUAACUUAUAACUAUUAGAGGCAAGAGAGGAAGGGGAGAUAUUAUUAAAGCGGUAUUUUUUGUGGACAAUUAGUGAUCUCUGAAUUACUGGUAUUCAUUUUUGUAUCCUAUUGUAAAUAUAAAAAGUAUGUUAGUGACAAGUUAAUUAGUUUUUAAGAUUGUUCAGUAGUUAUUAAGUUUGUUAAGUUGCAAUUAUAUUUAUAGUUUAUACUUACUAUAUUUAUAGUUAUUUAAUAAGUAAUUUAAAAUAAAUCGUUUAUAGCAAAGUGAAA